CUCUGCAAUGUUGGUUUCCGGCGGGCUCUUUAGAGCGCUGAACGGCUUUGGGCCCAAGGACCAUGAGAGGGCCCGAGCCGGGUCCGGAACCUACGAUGGAGGGAGACGUGCUGGAUACACUGGAGGCGUUGGGGUAUAAGGGACCACUGUUAGAAGAGCAAAUCCUUACCAAAGCAGCAGAGGCUGGACUAUCUUCACCUGAAUUUUCAGAGCUAUGUGUUUGGUUAGGCUCUCAAAUAAAGUCAUUAUGCAACUUGGAAGAAAGUAUCACUUCAGCUGGACGAGAUGAUUUGGAGAGCUUCCAGCUUGAGAUAAGUGGUUUUCUAAAAGAAAUGGCAUGUCCGUAUUCUGUACUUGUAUCAGGAGAUAUUAAAGAUCGUUUAAAAAACAAGGACGACUGUUUGAAACUUCUGUUAUUUUUAAGUACAGAACUUCAAGCUUUACAGAUAUUACAGAACAAGAAACAUAAAAAUUCUCAAUUAGAUAAAAAUAGUGAAAUCUGUCAGGAAGUUCAAGCUAUGUGUGAUACCCUUGGUGUACCCAAGUCACCCACUUCUGACAUUCCGCUUAUGCUAAACCAAGUGGAAUCAAAGGUAAAGGAUAUUCUCUCAAAAGUCCAGAAAAAUCAUGUGGGGAAACCACUGCUGAAAAUUGAUUUAAAUCCGGAACAGGCGGAAAAACUGGAAAGAAUCAAUGAUGCCCUUUCCUGUGAAUAUGAAUGCCGCCGGCGAAUGUUAAUGAAACGAUUAGAUGUGACAGUGCAGUCCUUCGGGUGGUCUGAUAGAGCAAAGGUAAAAACAGAUGAUAUAGCAAGAAUUUACCAACCCAAGCGUUAUGCUUUGUCACCCAAGACAACAGUUACUUUGGCACAUCUACUUGCUGCUCGUGAAGAUCUGUCCAAGAUCAUCAGGACAAGUAGUGGCACCAGCCGUGAGAAGACGGCAUGUGCCAUUAAUAAGGUGCUGAUGGGAAGGGUGCCUGACAGAGGAGGACGGCCAAAUGAAAUUGAACCACCACCACCUGAAAUGCCCCCUUGGCAAAAGAGACAAGAAGGGGGCGGAAGGGGUGGUUGGGGUGGUGGUGGUGGAGGUGGUGGUAGAGGAGGCGGUGGGGGUGGAAGAGGUGGCUGGGGAGGUGGUGGAGGUUGGGGAGGGGGUGGGGGAGGGGGUGGAGGGUGGGGGGGAGGAGGAGGUGGAGGAGGAGGUGGUAGAGGUGGUUUCCAAGGCAGGGGAGAUUAUGGUGGGAGGGGAGAUUAUGGUGGAAGAGGAGGCUAUGGUGGAAGAGGGGGCUAUGGUGGAAGAGGGUAUGGAGAUCCAUAUGGAGGUGGUGGUGGUGGAGGAUAUAGAAGGUACUAAAAACUACAUGAAUUAGAUAGCAGUGCUUACUUUCUUGUUAGAUACAUUAGGCAUAGUAUUCUAAGUAACAUACUUGAAUAUCAUCUUUGAAGUGAACACCAGGUUAGACUCCCUGAUGAUAUUGUUGAAUUUGAUUAAUAUGUAAGAACAUUGUUUUAUACUACCAAUUGAUCUCUCAAUGAUGGUUUUUUCCAUAUUCUAUGUAUCCUUGAGCAUGUUAUAUCUUUUUAAAAAAAAGAAAAGAAAAAAAAUUUUUAAGUGUAAAUAUUUAUUACCAUCAAAUUUGGAAAUGGAAAGUAUUUUAUUGUCA